UGGCAACUCAGUUCGCUGACAGCCUUUGAACGAACGCGCAGUCACUACAAGUUUGACCUAGGCGAGGAUAUUACACAUUGGAACGCGAAAUAAAAUCCCGUUUCAUUAAAGCGAAGAAAAAUUAAGUGUCAGCGGUGUUACCGACCUAUAUUUUGAAUUAGAACGAGAAGCGAAAACACAGCAGGAUAGCAGCGUUCCCAGAAUAAAGGGAGAUUGAUCGAACGUGACGCAAGGUGGAACAGUGGCAUUCAAGGUGUUUAUCGAAAACGGGGUGGGUAGAGGUCGCAGCGUGACGAUUUCGGGAGAGAAGAUAAGCUCGGGUCGCGGGUCGCGGGUCAGCAUGAGCGGACGGUAGCGGGCGCGCAGGCGCGGAUCGAUCGCGCGGCAUCGAGCGGCAGCGCGGCGAACACUCGCCCUCGGCCUCGCUCGACGUUCGGUCGUGCGCGGGCUGACGUGCGAGCGCGCGCGCCUCAGCACGUGCAUGGCGCGCCUGCCUGGAUGCCUCGCGCCCUCGGGGAAUGGCUUCGUCCGAGGAAGAGGCGACAACCGCGCCGAUACCUGAAGACGACGACUGCCUCAGUGUCCGAAAAUGGUGGUGCUUUCUCCUAUCUUCUAUCGUCACGUUCAUAGCGGGCCUCCUGGUGGUGCUGCUAUGUCGGUUGUGCGCCUUCGUAUGCUGCCGCCGGGAGCCGGAGCUGUCUCCCAACGACCCGAAGCUGAAGGAGCAGAAGGCGGCCCGCCAGGGAAAACAGGAGUUCGAAGGGACUUUUAUGACCGAGGCCAAGGAUUGGGCAGGCGAACUUAUUUCCGGCCAAACGACCACUGGACGUAUACUGGUAGUUUUGGUGUUCAUUCUAAGCAUAGCAUCGCUCAUCAUCUACUUCAUUGACGCAUCCAGGAAUACUGAGGAGGUGGAGCGAUGUCAGAAAUGGAGUGACAAUAUAACACAGCAAAUUGACCUAGCCUUUAACAUAUUUUUUAUGGUCUACUUUUUUAUACGAUUUAUAGCAGCUAGUGACAAACUGUGGUUCAUGCUCGAGAUGUAUUCAUUUGUAGAUUAUUUCACGAUACCCCCAUCAUUUGUAUCAAUUUACCUGGAUAGAACAUGGAUAGGGCUAAGGUUUCUCCGAGCUCUACGCUUAAUGACCGUGCCUGAUAUUUUGCAGUACCUCAAUAUAUUAAAGACAUCAAGCUCAAUUCGGUUGGCGCAAUUAGUUUCUAUAUUUAUAUCAGUGUGGCUUACUGCAGCCGGUAUUAUUCAUUUGUUGGAAAAUUCUGGUGAUCCGCUAGAUUUCGAGAAUGCGCAAUCGUUGUCAUACUGGACUUGUGUUUACUUUCUCAUAGUCACAAUGUCCACAGUAGGUUAUGGUGAUGUGUUCUGUCGAACAGUACUUGGCAGAACAUUUUUGGUUUUUUUCCUCCUCGUCGGCUUGGCGAUAUUUGCCAGUUGUAUCCCAGAGAUAAUUGACUUAAUCGGCACUAGACCCAAGUAUGGCGGCACCCUCAAGAAUGAGCGGGGACGCAGGCAUAUAGUUGUAUGUGGACAUAUUACGUACGAAUCGGUGAGCCAUUUUUUAAAAGACUUCCUACAUGAGGACAGGGAGGAUGUGGAUGUUGAGGUGGUUUUUUUACACAGGAAACCGCCCGACCUGGAGCUCGAAGGCCUGUUCAAGAGACACUUUACCACUGUGGAAUUCUUUCAAGGCACCAUUAUGAAUCCAAUCGACCUUCAAAGGGUAAAAGUGCAUGAAGCUGACGCGUGCUUGGUGCUAGCUAACAAAUACUGCCAGGAUCCUGAUGCUGAAGAUGCAGCCAACAUCAUGAGGGUCAUCUCCAUCAAGAAUUACUCCGAUGAUAUUAGGGUCAUCAUUCAACUGAUGCAGUACCACAAUAAGGCCUACCUCUUAAACAUUCCGUCGUGGGACUGGAAGCAAGGAGACGAUGUCAUUUGCCUGGCGGAGCUGAAACUGGGUUUUAUCGCGCAGAGCUGCCUCGCGCCGGGCUUUUCGACUAUGAUGGCGAAUCUAUUCGCUAUGAGAAGUUUUAAAACAUCGCCAGACACGCAGGCAUGGCAGAACGAUUACCUGCAAGGAACUGGAUGUGAGAUGUACACAGAGAGCCUGUCGACAUCCUUCACCGGAAUGACAUUUGCCCAAGCAAGCGAACUAUGCUUUACCAAGCUAAAGUUGUUGCUCCUGGCGAUAGAAAUCAAAGGUGAAGAAGGUGCGGACAGUAAGAUAUCAAUAAACCCCAGAAAUGCGAAGAUACAUGCGAAUACACAAGGCUUUUUCAUUGCACAAUCCGCUGAUGAGGUUAAAAGGGCGUGGUUUUACUGCAAAGCGUGCCACGAAGACAUUAAGGAUGAAACACUCAUCAAAAAGUGCAAAUGCAAAAACUUGACCGCGCACCAGCGGAAGGUCGGAGCCGACAUAGAUGUCGGAAUGAUGAUGAUGCAGACCGGGAUGGUGAAACAAAAUCUUAAUACAUAUCGAAGUGUUCCUGACGUGGCUACAUUCAGGAAGGGCGUCCGAGCCGUCCAGAUGGUGGGCCGGGCAAAUGACCACCAUCCUCCCCCCACCUUCACGCCGCCAGAGUUGCCCAAGAAGGUCCAUGUUCGAGGUGAAGUCGCCCGAGAUCGAGGAGAGGAUAUUAGCUUGAUAAAUCGCAAUCACCGUAGCGCGGCCCCAACUGCGCUAUUGUCCCCAAUGGCCAACCAGCUCAUGAACUCCACCACCACGAGACAAGUGAAUAAGGUUAAGCCCAACGUAACAAGAGCUCCGCCUGAUACGAAUCAGCCAGAGCAAGAUACCAAUUACCAGGCCUAUCACCUUGCCUACGAAGUGAAAAAACUCAUGCCCACAAGUCGGAACAGCGGUGGCAAUCAGAAUAGUAAUGGAGUAAGUCUGCCCGCUGGUAUGGCAGACGACCAGUCAAAAGACUUCGAUUUCGAAAAGACUGAAAUGAAAUAUGACUCGACUGGAAUGUUCCAUUGGAGUCCUGCCAGAAAUCUAGAAGAUUGUAUAUUAGAUAGAAACCAAGCCGCCAUGACAGUACUGAAUGGUCACGUGGUGGUAUGUUUGUUCGCGGACCCGGAUUCGCCGCUUAUAGGUCUUAGGAACCUGGUGAUGCCGCUGCGUGCCUCGAACUUUCACUACCACGAACUAAAACACGUGGUCAUCGUGGGUAGCGUGGAUUAUAUACGACGAGAAUGGAAGAUGUUGCAAAAUCUGCCAAAAAUAUCUGUUUUGAACGGUUCACCGCUAAGCCGGGCCGACUUGCGUGCAGUGAACGUGAACCUGUGUGACAUGUGCUGCAUCCUGUCAGCGAAGGUGCCAUCCAACGAUGACCCAACGCUGGCUGACAAGGAAGCUAUUCUGGCUUCGUUGAACAUCAAGGCGAUGACCUUCGAUGACACGAUAGGCGUGCUCAGUGCUGGGGUGAACGGAUCCAAUGCUGCGCCAGCGCCGCCAGGGGCUUCACCCGCGCCAGUCCUGCUGCAGCGAAGGGGCUCCGUCUAUGGCGCUAAUGUACCUAUGAUUACCGAGCUGGUUAACGAUAGCAACGUGCAAUUUCUGGAUCAAGACGACGAUGAUGACCCAGACACAGAACUCUACCUCACGCAGCCUUUCGCCUGCGGAACAGCCUUCGCUGUCAGUGUGCUAGAUUCGCUCAUGUCAACUACGUAUUUCAACCAGAACGCACUGACUUUAAUCAGAUCGCUAAUAACUGGUGGAGCUACGCCCGAAUUGGAACUGAUCCUCGCGGAGGGGGCCGGCCUUAGGGGCGGGUACUCCACAUCGGAGAGUUUAUCCAACAGGGACCGUUGUCGUGUAGGCCAAAUUUCGCUAUACAAUGGACCGUUAGCCGAAUUCGGCGAGGCUGGCAAGUAUGGAGACCUUUUUGUCGCGGCGUUACAAAAGUACGGGAUGCUGUGUAUCGGCCUCUACCGGUUCAGAGACACCUCAUCGUCAUGUGACGCCUCCAGCAAGCGAUACGUCAUCACCAACCCGCCUGAUGAUUUCUGCUUGCUACCUACUGAUCAGGUGUUCGUCCUAAUGCAAUUCGACCCCGGCGUCGAGUACCACUCGUCGCACCUGGCUGCCACAGCCGGGGCCAAGGACGACGCCUCCUGACUAUUGCUGUGCAGCGCCCUCACUGACGGGCCCUACUCCUACAUCUAGACGCGGUACAACCCUGAACCUUCACUCCCUUUCGCCCCAGCCUCUGCGCUGAGGCCACGGGGAUGAACGUUUCACUCCAAACGAACGACUCGUACUGCACAUAACUCGUCUAAGUGAGACAGCAAUACUUAGUGCUUGUGAAUGAACGAGUAUUGCUUCUUACCUUUAAAUACAUCGAACACCACCACGUUGUCUCCUUUGCACCGUAACGUAACGAGCGAGAUGGGGAUAUUUCUGAAUUGAAAUAUUUUGUCCCGCUCGCUCCGUUACAAAAAGAGCGAGAAAGGAACGAGUCGUACGGAGGGAGUUGCGUUACGUUGGGAUAUGUACUGUAACUAGACUGUACCGGCCGGUAGGACCGUCGCACUACACUCCGACAAUCCUACCCGAUUUCCGAAAAUCCCUUUAUCCAUACAAAUGUUAUUUUGCUUAUAAUGGCUGGGCGUCACACUUUCAGCUUGGAAAUUUGAUAGCACCGUUGACUGUGUGAAAUCAUCUAUUAUUAAGGUUAUUAUAAUUGACGUUUUUGCCUUUUAUUUUCGAUUCACCAUCCAGAUGCAGUGCACUUUAUACCUUUCCCACGCUUCUUCGCACUGCAAUGGAACAGUGGAGCAGGUAUAGACAGGAUUCAAACGCUAGCUUUCGAUGUUGUAUAGGUUUAGAACAGUUUGAAUGCUGUAUACAUCUGGUGGACACUAGAACUACGCAAAGUUAAACCUUUUAAACUUUUAAUUGCAAUCUGACGAUAAUAUAAGGUACAACAUAUUUAGUACGUCCAUUCCUUAUUCUAUAGAAUACGUGCUACUCAUGUAAGUUUGAAUAUUUUUACGCAUUUAUACUCAUCGACUGAAGUCAUACGUCAUGUUAAUUUAGUUAAAUUGAAAAUUUGAAUUUAGAAUAAGCUUUUGUCUAUGCACUCUGGUAGUUUGCAUAUUGUUUAUGCUCAUAGUAACGGGUGUAGGUAAUUGUAUCCGCUCUGCUUAUCCUCAUGCACAUGUAUUUUUCGUUCAUCCAUAUUCACCUUUUUUAAAUAAAUAUAAUAUUUUUUAUUUGUU